UGUGGUGACGUCACAGCCAACAUGGCCGACGAGAAGAGAAGUUUGUGUUUGUAGGCGUUUUUCGCUGACAUGUUUUGACGCCUAGCUCGCUCUUGUUCAAAUAUUACGGUCUCUACAGCUCUUCCAAGCAAGUUUUGAAAGUCUAGAGAACAUUUUUGUCGACGAGGACAUGUCUGACCACAGCUUAAAUGCGACCGACGAGGAGGAGAAUUCGUCGUACGACGAGGACUUGGCCAACACACCGACGGAGAUUUGCGAGACUCUUUCCAAGUGGACAAAUUACAUUCACGGGUGGCAGGAUAGAUAUCUGGUGCUCAAAGACGGGACUCUGAGCUACUACAAGUCGGAGAACGAAACGGAAUACGGAUGCAGAGGAUCCAUAAGCUUGGCAAAGGCCUUGAUACAGCCCCAUGAGUUUGAUGAGAACAGAUUCGAUGUGACAGUGAACGAGACGACAUGGUACCUGCGGUCCGACAACACAGACCACCGGGAGCAAUGGGUCGCAGCACUGGAAGCACAGAAGAAUGCAGCUGGCUACGGUCCAGACAGCGGGCUGCGUCGCCAUGGUUCCCUGUUCUCUGUCUCCUCAGCGAAUCUGUCCACUGCCUCUACCAGCUCAUUCAAGAAAGGGCGGAACCUGAAGAUGAAGCUGGCUGAGAUGGAGACGUUCCGAGACAUCUUGUGCCGCCAGGUGGACGCCCUGCAGGGAUACUUUGAUGCCUGCGCCACUCAAAUUGAAUCUGAAGACAACGACACUCUGGUGGAGGAUGAGGCUGAUGAUGAGAAUGAGGAUGACUAUGGUACCCCUCGUAACUCUGUAGAGAUCCCUAAUCAUCUCAAACAUGACAAUCACCACAAUGGCAACAAAGCGCCGCACAUCAGGCUGCCGGCGGGGAUGAACGGGCUGGACUUCAAGGGGGAGGCGAUCACGUUUAAGGCGACCACCGCGGGGAUAAUUGCCACACUGUCUUACUGCAUCGACCUGAUGAGGCAGAGGGAAGACACAUGGCACAGGAGACUGGAGAAGGAACAAGAGCGGAGAAGACGAGCUGAGGAUGCCUACAAGAGGUGCAUGGAGGAACUUAAGAAGAAAGCAGCUAUUGGUGGCCCUGAUUAUCAGGAAGGGCCACACAGUGCCAUAAACGAGGAAGAGUUCUAUGAUGCUGUCGAGUCAGCCCUCGACAGAAAUGACAAGCUGGAGGAAAUGGUACUUUUAACGGGCCAUUUUGUGACAUCGGGACGAUCCAAAAAGUCAAAUCACAAAUCCAAUCAGAUCACCGACAGUGUGUCAGCCAUGACAGAUGCUGGUGGUCUGGCUCCAUAUCUGGCCGAGCUCGAGAGGAAAGUGAGCGAGCACCACAGACUGGCCUUCCAGAGUAAAGACGGGGAGAGUGAUUGGCAGCUGCUUCUCGAGGAAGGAGAGAUGAAGGUGUACAGGAGAGAGGUGGAGGAGGAUGGGAUUGUUGUGGAUCCCCUGAAGGCGCAGAACGUGGUGAAGGGCGUGACAGCACACGAGAUCUGCCACUACUUCUGGGAUGUGGAUAUCAGGAUGGAGUGGGAAACUACUGUAGAGAUAGUCAAACUGGUAGAGAAGAUCUCGGAUGACACGGUGGUGGUGUACCAGACCCACAAGCGCAUGUGGCCGACCAUGCAGCGGGACUCCCUGUUCGUCUCCAGUAUCCGCCAGGUGGACACAGGAGACGACGAGGGGCCGUCCUGGGUGGUGUGUAACUUUAGCGUGGACCACCCGUCUCUCCCGGUAUCAAACAAGUGUGUUCGUGUCAAACUGAACAUUGGCCUUGUGUGCAAGACGCUGGUCACGCCGCCUGCGGACGGGCAGCCGAUUACCAGGGACGACGUCUCCUGUAAGAUAGCGUAUGCUGCUUAUGUGAAUCCUGGAGGCUGGGUUCCUGCCUCGGUACUGAGGACACUGGCAAAGAGAGAGUACCCCCGGUUCCUUAGGAAGUUCUCAGCCUACGUACAAGGCAAGACAAAAGACAAGCCCAUCAUGUUCUAACAGAAACUGGACUGCACACUGGUCUACUGCAAGAGUCGCUGUUGUUAGCACCCCAUCAUUCUCCUAACAAUAUCUUGCUGUUUGUAAGGGAAGUUCUGGAUGUUUGUGACAAUGUUUUCUUGUGAUACAGAAUGAUGCAAAUUCCUGUAUAAAGUUUUGGCUUGCUUUCUGUAAUGGCAUACUUGUAAACUUUGACUGUGGAAAGUUUGUACAUAAGGUUGCGAGCAAUGACCUUGUCCUGUGCUUCCCUGAUCCAGUGUGUAUCUCUUUUAUCUCAGAUAAUCAAGUGAAAUGAAAAAUGAAGAAGACAUGAGUAGAAUGUGUCACAUGGUGCUCAGUAGGUUUAGCCUACACUAUUUUGACUUGAACAAUGCAAAUCCAUCGGGGCAAACCUUCAAGUACCAUAUCGUUGAUAGUGUAGACGAAGGGCAGUUGUAGAACUAGUGUGCACAGAUAAUUGUCUCUAGGAUAUUAAAACAUUACUCAGAUAUUGUCAGGAGAGAAGUGAACCUUUCUAAUUAAAACAGCUUAUUGAAAAUUGCUAAUGAUUAUCAUGUUUUAGACCACUUUUUUUGUUCCAGAUUGUAGAAAUCCAGGCACUGCUUUUUUUCACCAGCUGGUGGUACAAGCUGAGUAUUGAGUAAUUGUCAACAUCAAUCAAUUCCAGUAGCCAAUUAACAUAUUCUCUAGGGAACCUGAUGGUUAGCAUGGAGCUUAUGAUGAAGACUAGACAGUGCAUUAUUAAUAGUCAUGUUCCUAUCAGUGGUCUGUGCAUGGCAUGGUAGGCUUGCACUGUUUGCCUGUAUUUUUAGUGGCAAAGAAUUGCUUGUAUAAAAUAUCUUGCUGCUGUCUGUAUUCAUAAGCAGCUUAAGUUUAUAUUUUAUUUUUUCCUUGUUUUGUUAACUUCAUACAACUCAUUGGCUUCUGUAUCUGUAAGACGAUGACUGGUACAUAUGCAAAUGUCUGGCCUAGCAAACAUUGAUGACAUACAUGUACAUUUCAAUUUUUAUAGCAUUAUUUGGGGUGCGCGCUUUAUUACAAGAAAUGCGGUAGUGCACAAUCUAAUGAUAAUCCUGGAUAAUCAACUUUGGCUGUGUUACCAUUUUGUGUCUGGCAUAACAGGAGAUACAAGUAUUUAUAGCUUCUGAAUCCUUAAGUCCUGUUUGGAGAAAUCAGCACAGACACUGUAGUGCACAAACCACUGCUGGACACAGCACACCAUGUAGUGAACUGGUGUUUAAUGCCGUGCUAUUUUAACAAUGGUGGUAUCCAGCUCAGUAGACUAUCAAGGAUGCCAAAAAUUAAGUUCCUACAGUGAAAAGAACUUGAUUUCUUCUCGCACUGAUUUGUUUCCUUCAGUACGUGUGCAGACAGUAUCUACCAGUAUCUGUACAAAUAGCCUUUCUUGUACAGUUCACAAUGAGUCAUUGUUAUCAAAUGAAAUGGUACUAGUAUUAUUAUGGAUGCUGAUAAUAACUUCCACAAAUGGUCAGUGCUGAUUGACAUGGCUGCAAGGUAUACAAGUAACCUUUUAACAUAUUGUACAUGUUCUAAGUGGAAGAUGCAUGAAAAGAGUGGACGUUGUUUCUUGAAAGUAUCAUUUUUCAAGAGGUAUUUUUGUGUGCAGUGGUAAGUGUGCUCUGAACAUGACCUGCAAUGUAAUGAUCAAUGCAAACUAUCAGUGGCGUGCAUUCCUUGGUAUAGUAUGUAAUCCUUGUGAUAUGUAAAUAUGUCCUCACUCCUAACUUUUCGCAGAAUAUUGUAAAUUCUUCGACAAAAAGCACACUGCAGCAGUCAAAAUCAGUGUUCCUAACUUGUGUACACGCAUUUUAGUGACUAUGGCAUUUGUGGUGGGAGAAUGCUGUAUAUUACAAUGAGUGGAUUUUGCUUAUGCAGUUUGUGGAAAGGAAACUUUUGCCUUUGCAGAUUAUAUCUACUUGACUCUAAACUUUGAAUUUAGCUAGGAAGGGUGAUGAAUUCCUUUGUAUCUUAUUUCCUGAAUUCUACCCCACUUCUAAUGGAAAAUAAAUUGUAUUCAGUCCU